CAGAUACUGUACCUCACUCACUGGACUAUUAACGAGCGCAUUCAGAUUCGACUUAAAAGAAACUCAAUUUGGAUAUGACCGAAUACUCGGUAUACUAAACGGAUGUUUCUGUUUUCACCCCGAGCCGCGCGAUCGACUGUCGUGGAAAGAUGCAGCACUUAAAUGCCGGAGAAUAAAGCACCUCGAGGGAUGUUUUGAACCGGGGACUCUUUCUGUCUUUUUUUUUUUUUUUAUUUCGGAUUUGGAAGCAUUUGCAAACUGACCAUGCGCGAGUUUGAUGGAGUUGUGUCACGCCGUGAACCGAGCGGCUCCGUUCACAGGAUUUACCUGCCCUUCAUCUUACUGCUGCUCAUCUUCACUCCCAGAGUGGACUCGUCCUGGUGGUACAUUGGUGCGUUAGGUGCACGGGUCAUAUGUGACAACAUUCCAGGGCUGGUGAACAAGCAGAGGCAGCUUUGCCAAAGACACCCAGAUCUCAUGCAGUCCAUCGGAGAAGGAGCCAAAGAGUGGAUCCGAGAAUGCCAGCACCAGUUCCGACACCAUCGCUGGAACUGCAGCACGCUGGAGCGAGACCAUACUGUGUUCGGCCGCGUCAUGUUGCGCAGUAGCCGUGAAGCAGCAUUCGUUUAUGCAAUCUCCUCUGCUGGCGUGGUUUAUGCCAUCACCAGAGCGUGCAGUCAAGGAGAGCUGAAGAUCUGUGGCUGUGACACCAACAGAAGAGGCCGGGCGAGCGACGAAGAAGGCGACUUCGACUGGGGCGGCUGUAGCGACAACAUCAACUACGGUAUCAAGUUUGCCAAAGCUUUCGUGGACGCCAGAGAGAGAAUGGUCAAGGAUGCCAGAGCACUGAUGAAUCUGCACAACAACCGCUGUGGGAGAAUGGUCCUGGAGAGGAACAUGCGUCUAGAGUGUAAAUGUCACGGCGUGUCUGGAUCCUGCACCACCAGGACCUGCUGGAUGACCCUCCCCAAGUUUCGUGAGCUUGGCUUUAUCCUCAAAGACAAAUACAGCCACGCCAUUCACGUGGAGCCGGUCAAAGCCACCCGCCACAAGAGGCCCACCUUCCUCAAGGUCAAGAAGCCCUACUCGUACCGCAAGCCCAUGGACACGGACCUGGUGUACAUCGAGAAGUCGCCCAACUACUGCGAGGCGGACCCGGUGACGGGCAGCGUGGGGACUCAGGGCCGGGUGUGCAACAAAACGCUGCUGCACCAUCCCAACGGCUGCGACCUGAUGUGCUGUGGCCGGGGAUACAACACACACCAGUACUCACGCGUCUGGCAGUGCAACUGCAAGUUCUUCUGGUGCUGCUACGUCCGGUGCAACACCUGUAGUGAGAGGACAGAGGUGUACACGUGCAAGUGAGCCGCUCUUACGGACCUCGUUCUGAUACAAGAGGACUCUAUGAGGUGGCAUCUGUUCUUUUGCACAAGGCUCUACUUCAGACUCGCUUUAAUGGAAGAUCAUUGAGAUCGUCAAAGCUUUACUCUGGAGAAAGAGGAACUGAAAGUCUAAAUCACUGUCUGAAUCUGUCUGGAUUAAAACAAGGAUCUCCGUGGAACCCAGAACAGCAACCUGCACCUUGAUUUUACCGAUGAGCUACUGAGACACGGACAUCUUUGCAGGCAUGCAGCAAACCUAUAUUGACAAACAGAGCAAAACUAGAAAUUCCAGAAGUAAAGGGAAAGGACUUUCUAAUAGUUUUUUGCUUCAAAUCAAUCCAGGUGAUUUAUUACCACCCAAAGUGCUUUGUUUUCUAAAAGUGCUUAACAUUCGAUUACUCUUUAUUUGAAGUUUUCCUUGUUACAGUGUAAUUACACAUUUAAGUACUGAGUAAUAUUAAAGUGUCCCUAUUAUGGGUUACGAAAGGUUUAUAUAUUUUUUUGGGGUGUCCUAAAUGACAGGUUGAAAUACAUGCAAGGCCAAAAUAUAGGCCUUUAUAAUCCACAUUUAUUUUAUAUUUAUAUUACAUUUCAUUUGAAGCAGUAAUUGCGAGCUUUUAAUGCUCCAAAAGCGGCACCUAGUGGCAAAGAAUGAAUGUACAUUUUCAUUCAGACAAACGCUAAAAGACCAACAAGUGGGUGGCAAUAUGUUAAUGUUUCAUUUCGGGUCAACAUGUUUUAAACAUGACUCAUCUCAAACCUUCAGAGUCAGCUCCUUUCCUUUGAGAGACAAUUACUUUAUAGACUUUUAGGCUUAAAACUUUGCAAGAUGUUUUCGUUCGCUUAGAGCUGUGACACUGCAUUAAAGCUCGCUUUCAGAAAUUCAUAAUAGGGGCACUUUAAUGAACUACAUGUACUUACUAUAUGGUUAGGGUUUGUCUUGGGGUUACUUGCAUGUAAUUAUGCAUAAUUAAUUGUUAUUAUAAUAGUAAGUACAUGUUACAUGUAACAAGGACACCUUAAAAUAGCGUUACCAAUUAUGCUUAAGUAAGAAUAUUUAAGUGUACUCAAUUAUGCUAUUUUGGGACGCCAUGAAUAUAAACUAAAAUGUACUUUUAACAUACUUUCUCUGCAGAAACCCACUAGUGCAUGAAAGCUAGUGCCUCUAAAUAGCACAGUUGAGUGCACUUGAUGUUUUUAAGAUUAUUUUAAGAAGUACAGCCUUUUUUUUGUGUUUUAAUUACAAAAUGAGUGCGUCAAAAUAGACCAUAUUAUGCUUUUUAAAUUGCCUUAUUUAAGAUUUGUAUUUUGUAAGCGAAUUCCUAAUAUAGAAAAAUGUAUAGGAAAAGAAUAUUGGAACCAAGGUUGCUGAUUGCGCUGUUGUUAAAUUCCUCCAAACAACUGAUUUUAUUUAUUUAUUAAAAACAAUGUUGUUAACUGUAAUUGACGAGACGCUGGAAACAAACAGCGCAUCUGCAUCUCUGCUCAUGAAUACACUGGGAUUUGUAUCUUCUGAAAGAAUAGCUUUUUUUAGUUUACAAGACAAGAAGCAAUAUUUUUUUUUUUUUCUAUGAGAAAUUUCCUGUAUGCUGCUAGUCUGGAAUAAUCACAUUCGCUGUAAUAUUACCAAACUACUGACUACAAGAUUUUGUAACUGGUAUAGUGAUGAAUCCAGAAAUGUAGAAUUUACACUGAAAUUGUAAAAUAUUGGUAAGAGAGUAUAUUUUGUAAAAGAAUAUUUUUAUAUGAAUGUUUUAUUUAUACUUUGUCAUUUCUGAACACCCGAUGCAUUGCGGGUGACAAAGUUGGAAUGUGGAUGUUAAUUAUUAAAAUCAA